CGUCAACUUUGCCGGUAUCGAGAAGCAGCUUAACAACCGCCCCAUGGCCCUUCUCUGCCGCCAUAUGCAGUGCUGUCUGUCCAUCCUUAUCCUUAGAAUCUGCGUCAACCUUGCCGGUAUCGAGAAGCAGCUUAACAACUGCCUCAUGCCCAUUCUCCGCUGCCAUAUGCAGCGCUGUCCGUCCAUCCUUAUCCUUAGGAUCUGCGUCAACCUUGCCAGUAUCGAGAAGCAGUUUAACAACCGCCUCACGCCUAUACGCUACCGCCAAAUGUAGCGCUGUCCGUCCAUUCUUCUCUUUAAGGUCUGCGUCAACCUUGCCGGUAUCGAGAAGCAGCUUAACAACCGCCUCAUACCCAU